AUGCCUCUUGUCGUUCCUGGUAUCAACUCAACAUCCGGCGACAAGGCCGAGGAGUGGCAGAACAAGCUUGUCGGCAAGAAGCUCUCCGACGAAGAGACAUCGACCGAGACUGUCUUUGCUAAGCGAGACCUCCCCCAGGAGACACGCAUCAUCGAGCCCGGAAUGAUGGUCACAAAGGACUUCAAGGAGGACAGACUCAACGUUCACCUCAAGGAUGACGGAACUGUUUCACAUGUCGUCAAGGGCUGA